UGUGCGUCUAAAACAGAGAAGAAAAUGGCGGUGGCACGUGCGGUGGCAGUGUUAGCCGUAGCAACAAGACCCUCAACGGUGUUUACCGGCGGUUCACAAACUCAAAGAUUUCUCAAAUUCAAACCUCGGUGUUAUUCAUCUACAUCUUCUUCUAGAAAACUCAUCCUUUACUCAAAACCUGGUUGCUGUUUAUGCGAUGGCCUCAAAGAGAAGCUUCAAUCUGCAUUCUUGCUCUCUGGUCCUCAUUCCCUUAGCGACGUUGAUUUACAUAUAAGAGAUAUAACUACCAAUCCUGAAUGGGAAAAAGCUUAUCAAUAUGAGAUACCUGUGUUGGCUAAAGUUCUCUCUGAUGGCACCGAGGAAAUUUUACCACGAUUGUCUCCUCGUUUAGGAGUGGAGCUCCUCCAGAAGAAGAUAGCUGCUGCCCUGGGAGAACAAUAAAGGCUUCUCGGCGCAGGACUCCUGAAGCAUAAGAAAUGUUUGUUCUAUAACUUUGUCAUUUAACACCAUUUUUUAAUUAUAUUUAUUUAAAGGAUUUAGUUCCUUUUAA